GCCGGCGCCUCGGGAUGUCCCGGCCAGGCCGAUCCUUGACAAGCUCUCGUGUUUCCAUUAGUUGCCGAGGCCGUCGCGACCCCUGCCGGAGUUUUUGCCCCUCUGUUUUUUCGGGGCCGAUCUCAAUGGCAAGGCGAGGUUCGAGGCUGUGGGCUGAGCAGGUGAACAGGUGGUUGUGUCAUUUCUGACAAUCGAGGCAUGCAUGUGAAAGCUCCCCAUAUUUCCUGCCUUAUUUCCGCCCAUCACAUGCCAGAGGGCAAAACCUCAGGUGAGGCUCACAAGACCCCGGCCAGACUCCAAGGCUGGCAACGCAGGGCUGUUCAACGUCUUACGAGCAGCCAGAAGCGGGAAGACCCCACAAUGCCACAAUGUAGAUGGAUGAGGGCAUCUCGACAAUAUUGCACUGGACAAGUUGGAAACCCUAGCUCGGUCUGCCAAUCAGUCAACAUAAGCACAAACCUACGCCUAUGGGACGUGGGUGCAUCCAUUUUCCCUCUGGCUUACUGGACAUGCUCCCACAGGCCCUCAAGUGCUCAAGAAGCAUCAGUAGCAAUGCAAGUCGCCUUGUCUACCGCAUCAGCAUUUGUUUGCACGGGCUGGGCAACUGGCAUAGCACGGAGAUACAAUGAGUUCACCCCUAGCGAUUAGUCUGUCAUGAGUGGCCCAUCACGAUUGACCCACCACAAACUCACCAACAGCCGCAUGCAGAUGCGAAAUAUUCACCACGGCAUACAACAUUGAACCCGUGGCACAGACCUGACUCUGAUCGCAGGUCGAAGAAGCACUGGCCAAUCUUUGCAACAAUUCAUCCGUGGAAUCAUUCUGUGUCUUGUCUUCCUUGGGAGAGGUGGUGUUCGGCCAGGUCUACACAAACCAUGGCUGAUGUGGAAAUCUUGCGAGAGUGGAAUGGCCCACCACCGCUAUCGGGCGUCACAAUACCCUCUGCAGCAACCAUCAAGGCAAUGUGCGUGGACAUAUCCGAACAGCAAGGUGGUUACUACCCCAUGAAACUCGCCUAUCCCCCUGGAGAACAGCCUACUCUAUGGAUAAAAUACGGUCCUGGCGUAUUCUGGGACGAACUCGUGAACCAGACACGCCUUCACCAGGAGUUACAGAAGAUCGAUUCUCCGGUCCGCGUGCCAGCCGUAUACUACGCUUUCACGGACAGCAAGGGCCCGAGGUGGACCUACAUAGUUAUGGAAUACAUCCGUGGCGAAACGGUGGGCUCGUUGGAACGCAAGGCCCGCGAGUCACAGCCACCAGAGCAGUGCCGGGAAACGCUAGAAGGACUACACCGCCGAGUUGCUUUCGUCUUGGACGAGUUUCUACGCAUCCCGGUGCCUGCUGGUACUCCACCUGCAUCAAUAAGCGGAGCUCUCAUACGGCAUCCUGUCUUUGGUAUAGACCAGGAGGCGCCCAGGCCUUACGAGAAUGUGGAGCAAUUGGAGCAGCACUUCAAUAUGUUCAUCGAGUUGCCAGGCAUGCGCAGACGCAAACUCCCUCUUCUCCGUGGUCUGUCACAGGAACCCAUGGUAUUCUGUCACUGCGAUGUAAACGACGGCAACUUCAUGAUCAACGAAAUGGAUGAGAUAGUUGUUCUCGACUUUGGAAUGGCGUGCAUACUGCCUCUAAGCUUCGCGAAGUAUAUCACGCUCACGAUUGGUCACGACGGUCUUGGACGCGCUGUACGUCCUUGGGUCCAUCUUCCAGACAUGGGCGGCCAGUCUUGUGCAAACGCCGACGUCCUGAUGGGAGUGCAGGGCCCCAUGAUUCAGAGCGGUAGUUCCUUCGACAGGAUAAUGAGAAGGGUACCUGGCUGCCCACCUCCCCGAGACAUAUUCUGAGUAUCUGUCCCCGUCUCUAUACCGAUCAAUGCAGGGUAUCAAGUAGAAGAGAGAAUGAGAAGAUAGAGCAAGUCGUUUGAUUUACACUACAUAGUGAUACGAGGCUGUUUCAGAUUGCAACUGUAAUAGAUCUGACCAUACGACCAUACUUUCGC